AUGGCGACCGCGGUCAGCGUGCUUCUUGGAAAAGUACGUCUAUCCUGUGUUCGUAAGCCUCCUACUAUUGACCACUGGAUCUAUACGUAAUUCAAUACUAGCCACAAAGUCAGAGAAAUCGCCAUGGCUAAAUAUCGAACUGAUUUUAAUCAUCCAUGAGAUAGUUAUAUGGUUAGGCCAUAUCCUUGGUAACCGCUACUUCGCUUCCAGGGACCUGGAAACGAAUGUCCUCAGGCCAGUGAAACCGCUGACAGGAAUUGCUAAACAUUUAAAUCGCAGGCUCAAGAUCCUAUAUGCUGCUGUCAUCAUAUCAAUGACGCUUUUCUCCAUAAUGCUUUGCACGCUAUUUAUAGUGACACAUAUACUGUGGGGCCAAUUGUCAUCCCAGUUUCCCCAUGUACAUGGUCCAGUAGAUAAUAUAUUAUAUGGGUUUGUACUAAUUGCAAUUGUUUAUAACCUCGGUGUGGGACUUGCUUUAUUCUGAACUUUAUCACUGCUGUAUUGUUGUUACGAAGCUCGCUUGAAAAUCAUCGAAAACAUUUUCCUCAAAUGGAAGCACUCGUCAAGCGAUGCCGUCUCAUUUUUCGUACAGUUGUACGCGCGGCCGGUGAAGAAUUCCUGGAAACGAAUCUCGUGGUGGUUCCUCGCGCAUAACAUCGUGACACUCGCGAUACCGCUGUACGGCUAUGAGCUGGCCCAGGCCGUUUCCGGUCGUGCAUACCACUCGAAACAUCUUCCGCCGUUUAUUUGUUACUUGAUAUUUGUGGUGACCAUCUGGCUUGCGCCUACCGUUGUGGGUGAACUAAUAAAGCGACGAGAAAGAAAAUUUAUGGAGCGAAUCAACGAUAUCUCCCCUUGGUUACUGGAAGCUGAGAGGCAUUCUCUUGGUGAGGUGCAUUCUGUCAGAUCUGGGACGCAUUCCCAUGGCAAACAAGAAAUCGACUCCCUUGGCGACACCGAAGAUUCUAUCGGUUCAACCUCUACUGAAGGUUCCGACAGCGCUCCAACGCUUUCCGAGUCUACGAAAGAUCCCGACAGCGCUCCGACGCUUUCCGAGUAUACAUUCGCGUCUCGAGGCGAAGAGUUGAGAAAUUUUCUUCGGUUUUUAAAACGAAGGACGCCCGGGUUGGUGUCGCGAGGAUAUUCAUUGCAACUGAAUUUAUCGCUGAUUUCUCUCAUUGGUGGAGCUAUCUCGUUUCUCAUUAAACUGAAUAGCAUGAAUUCUGAAGAUAUCAUGUAUAGAAAUUGUAACUGUACAAUGUCGUAG